CUCAUUUUCAUUCAUUUACAAGGUGUAAAUGCUAUGUUGAUGGACAGGUUGACGGAUGAGGUCAGACUGGAGGCUCAAUGGACCAAGAUGUUUACAGAUGACAUGUUGAGAGUAGGGAGCAGGUGGAUGGAAAACCUGGUGAGGUGGAGGUCUGCUUUGGAGAAAGCAGUUUGUGUAAUAGGGCGCCCCUAUCGGGCGAUGGAGAAAUGACCAAAAUGACAUCGUUUUGUGUCUAAGAGCGAACAAGUCCAGCGCUAGGACCCAGAUCUGCUGGUUCUGAGGAAGAGGGCGUAGGCUGGUGAAGCCGGUGUAGAGGAAGAAGACUUCUUCACUAAAAAAGCUACUGCACUCGCUCUACAGCGGGCUCCUGACACCAGUGAGCAAUGCGAGGUGGAGGCUGCGCACAAGAAGAACAGUAAAAAUCCAACCAAACCACACUUGAUCUCCGGGCUACGUCCAGAUUUUGCAGCGUGAUCACAGUCCAGCGUGAACAUGUCGGUCCUGGCUCUGCAAGAAUAUGAAUUCGAGAGACAGUUCAACGAGGACGAAGCCAUCCGAUGGAUGCAGGAGAACUGGAAGAAGUCCUUUCUCUUUUCGGCACUCUACGCUGCCUUCAUCCUUGGGGGUCGCCAUGUCAUGAAACAGAGGGAGAAGUUUGAGUUGAGGAAACCACUGGUGCUAUGGUCUCUCACGCUUGCGGUUUUCAGCAUAUUUGGUGCCAUCCGUACUGGCGGUUACCUGACGUACGUCUUGAUGACGAAAGGGCUUAAACAGUCAGUUUGUGACCAGAGCUUUUACAACGGUCCCGUCAGCAAGUUCUGGGCAUACGCCUUUGUACUUAGCAAAGCUCCAGAAUUGGGUGACACUCUGUUCAUUGUGCUGAGGAAACAGAAGCUCAUCUUUCUGCACUGGUACCACCACAUCACUGUGCUUCUUUACUCCUGGUACUCCUACAAAGACAUGGUGGCAGGUGGUGGAUGGUUCAUGACUAUGAACUACCUGGUUCACGCCGUCAUGUACUCUUACUACGCCUUGCGUGCUGCCGGCUUCAAAGUGUCCCGCAAGUUCGCCAUGUUCAUCACGCUGACCCAGAUCAGCCAGAUGGUCAUGGGCUGCGUGGUCAACUACCUGGUGUACUCAUGGAUGCAGCAGGGUCAGGAGUGUCCGUCCCACAUGCAGAACAUUGUGUGGUCCUCCCUCAUGUACCUCAGCUACUUUGUGCUUUUUGUCCAAUUCUUCUUUGAGGCCUACAUUGGCAAGUCUAAAUCAUCUGCUAAAACAGUCACUAAGAAGAGUGACUAAAGUUGAAUUUAAAAAAAUGCCAUAAAGAUGGGGAGAAGGGAGACGACAUAGAACAAAGGGAGAAGAUGAGAAGUAAAGGGACCAGUUAUUUGAGAAGAAGAGGGAGAGAGUGAGGGUUUGAAAGAUUGUAGAGCUUAAACCAAGGCCAAGGAGGUUUGGGGUGUGGAGGUUGGGGUGGGAGGGUGAGAGGCUAGCUGGUGUUUGUGCUUGAGCAUUACUACUAAUGUGCAGAUGUAAAAAGCCUGUCUGGAGGAUGCUGGGAAAGCCGGCGCCACAGCUAUCAGAAGCCAUCACGUUGUCCACCUGAAGUCUACAAAAAAAAAACAUGAUUUUUUAACAUGAAUAGUUGUUAAAAACAAACAGAAAAUAAAAAAAACGCAGAUUAAAAUCUGACAAAUGUUUACCUUUUAUUAAAAUAAAAUCAUACAUGUGAAGACAGAAGGAGCAUAUCCACCUGAAUAUGUUCACAUCUGUCAUCUGUGUUUGUUGUUUUGGUUUGGUUUUUAAACUGUCAAAGAAAAUGGUUGAAACACUGGUGAUGCUCGGACCUGCUGGUUGAUGUAAAACCGUGGUGUGAACAGCACUAUAUCUUCUUUGUCUUUCGUUACAAAUUGUGAUCUUUCUUCUCAGGUUUUAGGUUAUUUAUGAAUAUAAUAUGCAUAUCAAUAGAAGGUUUUUUUUACAUCAGCACUGGCCCACAGUAUGGCAGAUACUACAUUCAGCAUGGGCACAGAUUCUGAAAGAAAGCCAGGAUGAAGAAGAUUGGAUAUACAAAUUACUAUGAAGGAAAAGUGGAUGCCUGCAGUGCCGUGCUGCACUUCCUUGAAAAGUUGCCGACUGUGUUUGGUGAAGAACCUGUUGAUUUUUUUCUAAUGCUUGACGAGGACUGUCACUUUUUCCAACACGUUUGAAUAUAUUCUUUUAAUUUUGCUUAACUUUGUAUGUUGUUUAGUGAUUUAUGAUUCUUUUAUCCACCCAAAAACACAAACUCUCAAUUCCCUAGUCUUAUAAUUUCUAUGCAGUUGUUCAUCUGCUCUAGUGUCAAUUAUCAAUGAGCAGUAUGCCCGUCUUAGGUAGGCAUAGAUGUUUUAUUAUUUUUCCCGAAGCAGAUGUAGAAAAUGUGGCUAAUGGAAUUUCAUGACACUCCAAAAAAAACACUGAACAUGUACCUUUUAGUCACUUUGAAACCAUAAUUGUCUCUAAUGGUGACUGUUUAACAAAUUCAAACAUUCCUUUUUAUUAGGAUGUCUAAUUAAGCAUCAUGUGAGCAGCAUGCACAGGCAAAGAGAAAUGUGUUUUUUCGAGAACAAACAAAUAGCACCUCAGAAUUAGCUGAUUUUCUGUAAUUUCCGCAGCUAUUGUACAACCAGGAGAACUUUCUGGCUUGAUUUCUAACAGCAAAACAUCAGUCCUAAUGUCACUGUCCUUUUUUUUUUUAACCAUCAAAGACAUAUUCUCAAGGGGCUUUAAAUCCUGAACUAAGACAUUCACACCACGUUCAAACUUUGGAUGAAAAAUGCCAGCCCUUGAUUGGACUAGGUCACCACCAGCACCACCAGUGAAGAACACAAAGCUGAAUGCUUGAAGCGUGAACGAAGGAUGAACAUUUUUUUGUUUAGUAAAUAAAAAAGUGAAAUAUUAAACAUGCAAAUUGUCACAAUCUGCUGUGUUGACUGAAAACGUGUAACUUAAUGGCGUCUGUUGUGCUCUUGUGCAUUUGCACUGUGUUAAUGUCAAAAACACUUGUUGCUGAAAAAAUAAUGUAUAAACAAAGAGUGCUAAAAUG